CCGCUCCUUCAGAUCAGAGGGGUUUUGCCUCCUUCAGUCUCUGCUCUUUCCCUGAAGCUCUGCUUGUAGCUGAAACCUUUCCUUGCAUUUUUUCCCCUUCUCUCUGAACACCACCACCACCACCAUGAGUCGUAUCUCCUAUAGAACAUCCUCUGGAGGAGGCAACCGGGGCUUCUCCUCUGGUUCUGCCAUCGUUGGUGGUGGCGGCAGCGGGAGAUCAAGUUUUAGCUCGUUCUCUGUGGCUCGGACUGGAAGCGCUCGAGUUGGAGGAGGUGGUGGGGGAUAUGGAGCCGGUGGUGGCUUUGGCAGUCGCAGCAUGUACAACCUAGGUGCAAACAGACGCAUCUCCUAUGGUGGAGGUUACCGAGCAGGUUAUGGUGGCGGAUACGGCGCCGGUGGAGGGGCUGGCUAUGGUUUUGGUGGCGGAGCAGGUGGAGCAGGUGGCGUGGGCUUUGGUUUUGGAUCAGGGUUCGGAGGUCCCGGAGCUGGGUUUGCAGUCGCAUCUCCGUGUUUUGGUGGAAGAGGCGGACCAGGGUUUCCUGUUGUCCCACCUGGUGGCAUCCAAGAGGUGACCAUCAACCAGAAUCUCCUGCAACCACUGCACCUGGAGAUUGACCCAGAGAUUCAGAAAGUACGCACCCAAGAGAGGGAGCAGAUCAAGACACUCAACAACAAAUUUGCUUCCUUCAUUGACAAGGUCCGAUUCCUGGAACAACAGAAUAAAGUCCUUGAAACCAAAUGGGCGCUGUUACAAGAACAGGGAACAACUGUUCGACGAAGCAGCAUGGAGCCCCUCUUUGAUGUCUAUGUGAAUAAUCUUAGGAGGCAACUUGAUGGUCUACAAGGGGAACGGGGAAGACUGGACGCAGAACUGAGGAACAUGCAAGAUAUGGUGGAAGACUUCAAGAACAAAUAUGAAGACGAGAUUAACAAGCGAACAGGUGCAGAGAAUGAAUUUGUGGUGCUAAAGAAGGAUGUCGACAGUGCCUAUAUGAACAAGAUUGAACUGGGAGGCAAAUCAGACUCACUGAAUGAUGAAAUCGAAUUCUUGAGAGCACUAUAUGAAGCGGAAUUAUCUCAGAUGCAGCAGCAGGUAUCGGACACCUCUGUGGUGUUAUCGAUGGACAACAACAGAAGCCUGGACCUGAACAGCAUCAUUGCUGAAGUCAAAGCACAGUAUGAAGACAUUGCGAACAGGAGCCGAAGUGAAGCGGAAUCAUGGUAUCAGUCCAAGUAUGAAGAGCUGCAGGUCUCGGCUGGGAGACACGGAGACGACCUCCGCAACACAAAGACAGAAAUCUCAGAGCUUAACCGGGUGAUCCAGAGGCUGCGAAGUGAAAUAGAUGCCAUGAAGAAACAGUGUGCCAAUCUCCAGUCAGCUAUUGCCGAGGCUGAGGAUCGUGGAGAACUCGCCAUGAAGGACGCCAGGCAGAAACUGAAUGAGUUGGAGGAAGCUUUGCAGAAGUGCAAGCAAGAACUUGCACGGCAACUCAAGGAAUACCAAGAACUGAUGAAUGUCAAGCUGGCCCUGGAUAUUGAAAUUGCCACCUACAGGAAGCUUCUAGAAGGAGAGGAGAGCAGAUUGUUUGGUGAAGGCGUUGGAAACGUGAGCGUCUCUGUGGUCAGCAGUUCUACUGGAGUCGGCUACGGUGGCGGAAGCGGCCUUGGUAUGGGAGGAGGACACGGCAUUGGUUUCGGUGGCGGCAGCGGCGGCUACGGUGGCGGCAGCGGCGGCUACAGCAUAGGAGGCGGAAGCGGGUUCAGCUCUGGGGCUGGUUAUGGGAGUGGUGUCAGUUUGGGAGGCGGGAGCAGUUAUAGCACUGGAGGGGGCCGCGUCUCCUCUGGGGGUGGAGGUGGAGGAAGCUCCAGUGUGAAAAUUGUAUCGAAAACCACUUCGACCAAGAAAGCAGUCUAUUAAAGGUUGACCACUUCCCACCCCCAAUGGGAGCACACGGCCAUUUACAAGUGAAACUCCCCAAUCCAGGUGUAAAUAGCUCGGCAAAGUUCUUCCCCUCUGAUCUUUCGCCUUUUCCAUAUGAAGCUGGAGUCAUCGCAUGAAUCCAGAUGUUUGACCCCUGGUCUACUGAGAGCUUUCUAUGGGCAGAAUCAGAUUUACAGAUGUGUAUUGGCCAUACCCAGUUAUGUAUAGGAGGAUAAACAACCACAUCAUGUUAACCAUGUUUACUGUUCUUUAAAGACAGAUCUAGGACACGAAACAAGAGCUCUAUACAUCAGGGAGAGAAAAAUAAAGGCACAUAUCUGGGGAAAAAACAUUUUGUUAGAAUGGGUUCUCCACGCAAAUUGUUUUAUAGCUUCGCAAAGCUUGACCCAAGAACAGUACAUGAUCCAGUGGCUUGGAUCCAGACUAAAUUUUCCAUCAGAAGAAAAAUCCUCCUGUCUUCCCCCUGUCCUGCUGUAGCCCACUGAUCUCUGCAAAAUGGUGCUACUUGGGAAUAGCCCCCCUCCCCUCCCCCAAGGAACAUCACACCCUUGUUUGAGUGAGAAGGGAAAAGCAGUGGAAAUUGCCAGUUUAGUCUAGAUCUAACCCAAUCUGUGAACAAACCAUUCAAUCUACCCCUUUUAACAAGCCCUUGUACUUACGUAGAGGACUUCUCCAAGGGGUAAUAUGGAGUUAUUUUUCCAGUCUUCCACAACUAGCAAGUCGCUGCUACUGUCUCCCUUUGGUCAAGGAUACAGCAUAUUCCUAGAUAUCCUGUUCCACCAGGCAGAAGAUAAAGAGGAAUUUACCGCCGUCUUCUAGCUGAAUUACAGUGCAAACCUAAACAGACUUGUACCCUUCUAAGUCAGUUGCAGUCUGUGAGUUUUGAAAAGUGUAACUGAGUGUUUAGGACUGAGUGGUCAGUUUCUCUAAAACCCAGCUACUUGAUAACAUCUUCUCUAUCUGAUCAACAGCUGUAUGUCAUGACAAAGAGGAUCUAGCUUGCUGGUUUCUCUGUGACUGGAAAAUAACCCCGUUUUCAGAAAAAGCCUGAUCAUUUACUUCUAACACAUCCUUAAUCCCCUUGGGUGCCAGUGGAAUUUACGCUUGUACUUAAAGUUAAUUUCUUUGCUGAAUUAACAGCUUUCAAUGCCUUCGCUUUGAAAAUGGGAGUUUCCCAAUUGGCAGGCUUUAAGAUUUUUUCUCACUCUCAGAACGUGCUUUUGGAAACUGUUUCUCCUGUUUGGGCGUGCUUUUUGCCAUUUCGUUGAAGGCUGGAUCAAGCUAUAGCCCCGCAAGAUCAGCGUGCCCUUGCCAAAAGAAACUGUUUCUGAAACACCUGAGAUAAGAUCUGUUCCCAUCCUGUGUUCCCGCACGCACAGGGAUCGUUCCUUUCCAGUAUAGGCAAAGAAAAAAAAAAGUUGGCUCUUUCUUGGAAGAGAAAGCGAAUAUGGAAAAGGUGACUGCUUCUGUUUACUGUUGUUUCUGAACCUUAACACUGAUUUUUCUAAUGCAUCAUACAAAUGGCUUUGUCUUUCUACCAUGCAAGGUUGCAUGACCAAUAAAGAGCAACUGUCAUUUUUAAA